UCAACCUUGACGGACGACUAGCCAGGGCUAGCCAAAGAGUUCCCUGAUUCCCGAAACCGAAAGCGCGAACCUAGAUAUGGCGCUCGUCACGGUGGCCCGCUCGCUGCUGGCGGGUCUGGUCUCGUUCGAGGGCCUCCUCCUGCUGGGGUCGUUAGCCCUGCUGUACUAUUACUACGUCGUGCGUGCCCUGCGGUACUUUGCCGAGCGUGGGGUCGCUCACGUGCGGCCCACGUCGGUGCUGGGGAACGGGGCCGACUUCGUGUUGCGCCGGCGCCACGUGUCCGAGGUGCUGUCCGAGAUGUACCAGCGCUUCCGGCGGCAUCGGUUCUUCGGCUACUACGACUUCCUGUCGCCGAUCUACGUGAUCCGCGACCUCGAACUGGUGAAGCAGAUCUGCAUCAAGGACUUUGACCACUUCCUCAACCACCGGAUGGAGCUGGACGAGAACCACGAUCCACUGUUCGGGCGGGCCCUGUUCGCGAUGCGUGAUACACGCUGGAAAAACAUGCGCGCGGUGCUGAGCCCGGCAUUCACCGGCAGCAAGAUGCGCCAGAUGUUCGGCCUGGUGACGGCGUACUGCGAGGCAGCCGUCCAGACGAUCCGCAGCGAGACGACCAGCGGCGACGACGGGGGGGCGGGCCGGGCAGACCUCGAGAUGAAGGAGCUGUUCCGGCGGUUCGGCAACGACAUCCUGGCGACGUGCGCGUUCGGCAUCGAGAUCAACUCGUUCCGGGACCGCACGAACGCGUUCUACACGCUCGGCAAGGAGCUGACCAACCUGGAAGGCUGGCAGGGCAUCAAGUUCCUCGCGUUCAGCUCGUUCCCGCGGCUGAUGCGCCUGCUCCGGCUGCGGCUGUUCAGCGCGCGGAUGACGAGCUUCUUCCGGCACGUCGUGCGUGACACGAUCGCGCAGCGCGAACAGCAGCGCAUCGUGCGCCCGGACAUGAUCAACCUGCUGAUGGCGGCCCGCAAGCAGGAGCUGAAGUUUGACGAGAACGAGAACGUCGUCCCGCAAGGAAGCGCUGACGACGAGGGGGGCCAGUUGCCCGCGAAGCGCACGAUGGACUGGACCGAUGACGAUAUCGUGGCGCAGUGUACGGUGUUCUUCUUCGGCGGGUACGACACCGUGUCGACGCUGUCCGCGUUCAUGGCUCACGAGCUCGCGGUCAACCCGGACGUGCAGCGGAAGCUGCGGGACGAGAUCGACGAGGUGCGCUCCUCGCUCGGUGGCCGGCCGCUCACGUACGAGACGAUGCAAUCGAUGGCGUACCUGGACAUGGUCGCCAUGGAAACGCUCCGCAAGUGGACCCCGGCCCCGUUCCUCGAUCGGCUCUGCACGAAGCCGUACGUGCUGCGUGACCACGACGGCCACACGGUCCAGCUGCGCAAGGGCGACGGCGUGUGGAUCCCGGCGGGGGCGAUCAUGCGCGACCCGGACCUGUUCCCCGAGCCCGAUCGCUUCGACCCGGAACGGUUCGCGGGCGGUCCGGUCGAUUCCACCACGAUGCUCGCGUUCGGGCUCGGGCCACGCAACUGCAUCGGGUCACGCUUCGCCCUGAUGGAAACGAAGGCCGUCUUUUAUUACCUCCUCUCGACCUUCCACCUCGAGAUGGGGCCGCAAACGCAGCACCCGUUACGCAUGAAGGUCAGCUCGCUCGGGCCGUCCGCCGAGAAGGGCUUCUGGAUUCGGUUCCGGGUGCGCAGCACCCAGCAGGAGCCCACCGUCAACUGAGCCAUCGAUCAACCACGUCUUAUCAACCACCGGCCCUCGAUUGGUACCAAUUGAUGGUUCGGAUUCCCGCUGCCAAUGGGAUGAUGGGGUCACGAUACCAGGUCACGAUAACGUCUUUAUUGAUAAACGACUUUUUGAUGCACGAUUCAGGGUCGGCCGCCUGGGUUGAGUCGUGGUUCGGUUUUGGGCUCGGUUUACGAUUUUCAUUCGCCGCACAAAAGCAGCCCUAACCGAACUCGACCGAUAAACUAAUUCAAAUUUCAAAACGAA